UCCCUCCAGUGGAGUUUUUGGAGAUGUGUACAUUCAGUGCCAAAGAUGUUUUGGCAUCAUGUGAUGGCUCAACGCCUAAGAAACUUUUUGUUGUGUGUUUUCAUUUAUCACCCCUCUGUACUUGCACAGCGGUUGACCUUUUGUUGCCUGCACUUUGUGGUCAGGAUUGCAGCAUCAGCUGAGUUUCCAGAAGAAUAAGUGUCUCUGGUUGCUGUGCUUUUAGCUACACGAUGCAAACAGGAAUGUCCACACAUCUUGCGUUUGCAAGAUGGGUUUAAUACAUGCAACGAUUUUAAAGGCUUUUCUAUACAUUCUGCUAAACACGGCUUGCAUGCACUCUUAUAUAACUGGACAUGUAGGCAUUCGAGUCAUCACACAAAACUUCCAACGAAAAUCACGGCAUAACUGUUCUCUGCGAUUAAGCAUCUAAACGUUAAGGGGUUAAACACGUGCGCGCUAUGAUGAACAAAACCGGACAACGGUGACAUCAAGCUUUUACUUGUCUCUUAGAUGGAGAGAGUAAGACUUCUAAGGUACAUCUUUAGGUCUGAGUCUCUGAACGGAUGCGCGCCGACCUUGGAGUCUCCAGACGCGCAGAAGAGGAUUUUGCGCACUGAAAUCAAGCAGAGCCUAAAAGCGAAGACAGCGAGCUGACUAUUGUCUGUCUGACUGCAGUCCUGGCACUGGGAUACGGGCACGCUUGGCUGUGUUUUACUGCGCAUACUGACAACUUAAGACCAACAUUGCUCCGGAUUGAGUAAGGGAAAAUAUAGUCCACAGUUUAUUUCGCCUUGCCUGGAUUCUAAACUUAGAGGAGCGUUGUUACAUCUGAACUGCUUAAUGUAGGCGCUUCACUACUACAGACGAGCCAAAGAGUCCCAGCUGCUCGGGGGAAAGUACCUCGACAUCCUGAGAGACGUUUUGAGAGGAUUUUAGGUCUCUUUGCUGAACGUGGACUGAGAGAGGAUGAUCCCAGCCGCCUUACCGAAAUAAGUGAGGUAUUGCCUUUACGAAACGGUGAUCAUAGCGAUGUUUCAGUGCCAUGAGCGUCUUCACCUCUCCAAAUCUUCCAGAGAGGAUUUAAUCCCCGCUCAUCUUGAAUAAGUCGACAAGUCGUUGAAGAUGAGUCCUCUGCAAACAUUCUUGUUGUUUUUCCUCCUGCACCAGGUCUCGUGCAGGAAAGUGCAUGGAGGAGUCACAGAACUCAUCGAGUGGAGGGACAGCGAUAAUGAACAGAAGAUAUCUCCCACUGGGGCCAGUCCACGGAUCCUCAACCCCCUGCGUUUGUUUGCCAGGGGCUCCCCCGAGUUCAAGAGUAACAUAAGGGAAAUGACAUAUUUACACAGCAUGGAGGACUUUUGGGACUGGUUAUCUAACCAGACAGAUGUUCAGGGCGCACAGGCCAGAACUAAACGCAGACCCAUCGUCAAGACUGGCAAAUUCAAAAAGAUGUUUGGUUGGGGAGACUUCCACUCCAAUAUCAAGACUGUCAAACUCAACUUGCUGAUCACAGGAAAGAUUGUGGACCAUGGGAACGGCACCUUUAGCGUUUACUUCCGCCACAACUCCACAGGUCUGGGGAAUGUGUCGGUGAGCCUGGUGCCACCUUCCAAGGUGGUGGAGUUUGAGAUCGCCCAGCAGUCCACACUGGAGACCAAAGACACCAAAUCUUUCAACUGUCGCAUUGAAUAUGAGAAGACGGAUCGCAACAAGAAGACUGCCUUGUGCAGCUUUGAUCCAUCCAAGGUGUGCUAUCAGGAGCAGACGCAGAGCCAUGUGUCAUGGUUAUGCUCAAAACCCUUCAAAGUCAUAUGCAUCUAUAUAGCCUUUUACAGUGUAGACUAUAAACUGGUCCAGAAGGUAUGCCCUGACUACAACUACCACAGUGACACACCUUACUCCUCAACAGGGUGACCUGGUAGUUGUUAGUCUGCAUCAGCCUUUUGUUUUAUCUUCAAAUAAUGUAAAUGUCAAGCUCUAAACUCCUUAUCCCAAAAUACCUAAAUACCUGAGACAUGUUGCAGGAAGUGCGACUUAUGAAGGGACGCACACUGGAGGGAUUUGGUGAAACUUUUGUAUAUACUACACAAAUACACAAGUUUAACACUUCAGAUAGUUAGGUGUACAGGGACUUGGCUUUAGGGGUUGGCUUGGGAUUCAAAAGGUAGUUACCAACCCUGGAAGAAUCCACCACAUCACAACAUGUUCUCUGUAAACCACGGGUAUAAUUAGUAUGUUGUCCAGAUGUUUCCUUCAAGGCUAGACUAUAGGCAUGGAGCCCUGCUGAGUUGGAAGCGUGUAGCUGGCUUCUGGAAGAGCUGCACUCCUGCCAACAUUUUCAAACAAUUUUCAAACCUUGUUUAAAUAGUAAUGUGACAAAAUAUGACAGGACUUUAAAUAAUGUUAACAAUUACAAUACCUAAACAUUAAUAAAGCUAUUCAACAGGGCAUAAAAUGAAAAAAAGAAAUCCCAUUUGGAAGAUCACUGCAUUAAGAAUGAUUAGUCAAAAUGAUCAUUGCCUUUGAAGUGGCGCUAACAUCCAUUUAUACCUGUUAACAGAACACAGACAGGACAGUCUCUAUUACUUCAAAUUAUUUUGAUCAAUGGAAUUAUUUCAUUAAGGAAUGAAUAAUUAAUAUGGUCUUAAAACUGAUCUGUUAUCGUUCUUUUGUGGGGACUAAAAGCAAGUGACUUGACUGAUUCAAACCACUUCCUAAAGUGCUCAUGACAAAAUAAGUCCAUCCAACUAAUCUAAUGCAUAAGAAACUUGAGAGCAUGAUCAUACAUUACUAACAAACUGUAUGUAGGCACAUAUCCUAGCUUAACAUGGCUGCAGCCUUGUUUGCGCCUUAAAAUGUGUUGGUUUUCUGCUACAAUUAUCAUAAGGCAUGUGUAUGCUAAACUAGUCUGAGAUCCAACAUCUGUGUUUGCAGGAUGCACUUUGAGGCAUCAGCCUGCCUAGUGAGCCCCACAGUGGAUUAAUGUGUCAGGAGAGGUGGGGAGGGGGAAGCAAUAAUUGCAGGACAGGUGGAUUUAGUGAGUCUGGCAGACAAUUAUCAGCACUUUGUCAUGGUUCUGCCACCAGCCCUGACAUUACCUGUCUUUAAUAGGCUUUAAUUAGCCUGGGAAAUUUCAUUUACCAAGAGUGGAGAAACAAAAAGGUGGGGGUGAUGGCAAAAGUACAAAAUCCAUCUGCAAUUUUAAUGAGAAGAGGGACUAAAUUUGAAAUAUAAGACAUUUCCCAAUAGUACAGCAGGCUUAAGUUGGCUGACUUUGUGUAAAAGUGGAUAACAUUCAGUCUUGUAGUACAUGGUGUAAUGUGUUCGACUCAGAAAUCACUCAAAUUUUUUUUAAAGCUUUUGUUAAAAACCAUUCGGAUUUUAAACGGCAUGAGUUUUGUUAUCUGGAGAUACCCAGGGUUUUUAGGUUAGGGCAUGUGCCACUAAAGACAAAGAAUAGAUUUCUGUUAGCGUCAUUUUAUUGGAUGUAUCUCAUGUCUUUCCACUUCAGCUGUAAAUGAUUUCAUCACCUUAUACAUGAGGUGAGGUGUACGAUAAGGAACUUAACUCGGAGUUGAUCUAUGUUGAUGUUUUGGUUCUGCUCCUUUGUGCAAAUGCUGUGUGUUAAUGUGUAAAACUAAACGUGUUUAUUGAUUAUGGUUUCAAAGUAUAUGAUGUCAGAUUAUCCUAAUUUUUCCAGAGAACUCUAUCAAGUAUACUGUACCUUAUUUUUUGGUGUUUGUUAAGAAAUAUCAUGUAGAUAAAUGUCAUAUUUCAGCUGAUGGUUAGAUUGCUUUGAUUUCAUUUUUUGUAACUGCAGAUUGUACCCAGUUUGAUUUCUGCUUGCUCAAAAUUGUUUCAAUAGUUUCCCUUGUAAAAUAGGAGUAAAAGCUCUUCUGUGUAUAGUGUAAUUACACUUUUCAUUUUGGAAUAUUUGAUUUCAGAUUUUGUUAAAAUGUAACUGUAAAGAUCAAUUUAGGUUUUUAUGGCAUUAAACCUUAUUUGAACUUGGCUCAAA